CACAAACGCUAUGAAUCAAUGAAUUGAGUGUUUAGUGAACUCUCACUACAAUUGCAAUCAAACCAAAGAUUAGUCCAAAUGUUGUGAUCAAUGAAUGGAUCAGUUGUCGAGACAUACAGUGAAUGCAAUGAAUUGGUGGCAAACGAGUCAACCAAAUGUCACCCAAUUGUAACCAAUGGCUGUAUUGUGGAGGAGAGCUGUUCUUCUACUAGUCCUUGUGAUCGCUGUUCUUCAGGUGAUUCACAUGACUCUCUUGAGUCGAUUGGAGUCCAAACGAAAUGCUCGACAAAAGAGAGGGAAAGCAAUGAACGAAGAGUUGCUCGGAUUGAAUGAAUACAAGAGUUGGGACAUCGAGUCCGACAGAAGACAUAUGUAUGAUAUGGUGAAACAGACCAGUGUUUUGGACUCUUCGGGCGAAUACCAUAUCAUAAACUUCUUGAUUCGCAGUCAGUCUCUUGGAUCUCGUAAUCACAUCCGACACGACAUAAGUCUAGUCUCGCAGUCGAGUGUCUCUCAGAUGCAUAACUUAGACCUUUUGUCUCAUCGGUGGCACGGAUUGGCCUCAAUAGCUGUGUUCGCCUUAUCCCAAGACAUCCCAUUAGCCAUUGAAAUGAUAUUACUGUUGCGUCGCUGCUAUCCAUCGAUCCGUCGCAACACAUCCUUUCAUUUGGUGUAUCCCUUAGUGGUGCCGAAGCCGGCCAUCGGCGCCACCACUCUCUCGCCUCGACUUUCCAUUGAUAUCAUAUCCAAAGAAGAGAAUUGCCAUCGAAUGCAGAGUUUGUUGAACUCGAUUGCCGUCAAUGCUGUCAAUUACGGCCACUCAGGCGUCGCUUAUCCUAACAAUUUGUUACGAAAUGUCGGCCGAAGAAACGCUUUAACCGAUUAUGUCUUCGUUGUGGACAUCGAUUUAGUGCCAAACGAUGGUCUCUACGAACAGUUCUUGGAUUUCGCGCAACAAAACAAACUCUUCUCAGACGAGCAUAAGAAGGAUAAAGUGGUUUAUGUUGUGCCCGCCUAUGAGGUGAACACUCUCUCCACAGUUGAGUCCAAUUCAAAACUCGAGACACGAAAUCAAUUGAUCCCAAAAGACAAACCGGAUUUGUUGCAAAUGAUUCAGACGAUGAACGCCCGACCCUUUUAUAUAGAGAUGUGUUGGAAGUGCCAAAAGUACACCGAUUAUGAGAACUGGCAAAAGAACUCGUCGCCAAAGUUAGACAUACUGUUUGAGGUGUUGUGGAGAGACCCGUGGGAGCCCUUCUACUUCAGCCCCAACUCUGUGCCCCUCUAUGACGAGCGCUUCCGACAGUACGGCUUCAACAGAAUCAGUCAAAUAUGCGAACUCCAUAUGUCUGGCUAUAAGUUCUCGGUCCUCAACAAUGCCUUUGUUAUCCAUAAGGGCUUCAAAACUGCCGACACUUUCCAUAAGGAGAAAGAUUUGGAACUCGAGAGGAAUCGGGGGCUCUUCAGACAAUUCAAGACUCAACUCAAAGACAAAUAUCCAGAAUCUUCUCGUCGUUGUUAUUAAUUUUCGUUUAAGUAUUUUAUUUGUAUUACACUUUUUGUUGC